AUGACCCAUUUUCGGAGCGACCAGCACCAAGAUCCGCACAGAACCAUGAACAGUGAGCUGAGGAACACUCGUCCAACAACCGUAAAGAGAGGAAACGGCGCCACCAUCAGUGCUGCGGAUUAUGAAGCUAAAGCUCAGAUUCAGCUUUGGAGACGAGUCUGCGAGCCACAGGACAGGAGCACCACUCAGAUGUUGCGGUAG